GAUGAUGACAGAGUCUGCAUGGACUUGAAUAGAAUUCAGAAGGGUGCUGUGGCUGUUUGUGCCGUCGAUGCAUCUGGCUGCUUCACAGCAGAGGUGGCUGACUUGGCUGGACAGUAUGUGAAGGAUGCAGAUAAGAACAUCACUAAAGUACUGAAAGAGAAAGGGAGCCUGGUUCACAGCAGUAGUUUUAAGCACAGCUCUCCUUUCUGCUGGAGGUCUGAUACUCUGCUGACAGACAAAGCUGUGCCAAGCUGGUUUGUAAGAGUGGAACACAUGGUGGAGAAACUGCUGGAAUGUAAUGCCCAAUGCUACUGUAUGUGACCUUGCCUGAGUUGCCUGCUGUUGUGGUCUUCAAAGAUGGAGCUUCCUUUGUUUCUGAUGAGUGUGAAGAUGGUGAUUUGUCAUCCUGGAUAAACAGAGCAAGAUUUCAAGGGUAUCUUCAUGUGGAUGGCUUUACACUUCAUGAACUUGGAGACAGAGGAAAACUUGUGGCUAUUGCAGUCAUUGAUGAUAAAAACUCUUCAGUGGAACAUACCAGGAACAGAACUGAGUGUUGGUGACAGUGUGGGAGAAGUUUGCUGAUAUGAUGUAGAGAACUUGGGGAAGUUUGUUAGAUCUGAAGAGAUGCCAGGGUGA